AUGGAAAUUACAACUAACAACGGAUAGUAAUUGUUUUGCUACUCACUAGGAUCAACUCUAGGAAUCUUACAGUAUUUUACCUAAGCUAGAGCAAGAUUGUUUCUGAGCACAUUGUCAAAAUUCACUAGAUAAUUCUAUGAAAAGCAAGAGAACAAUGUUUUCAGAAGUUGUAUUCCAACUGUUUUUAGCGCUAGAAUCAAACAUAGAAAAACUAUAAAAGGUGGAGAAGACAGAUUUAUAGUAAAAGUACUUCAUCUCAGAGAUGAUCUAUUUGUCAUUGGAUAUGCCUCAAAUGAGAUAGUAAUUAAAAACUUGGAAAAUGGAGAAACAGUAGACCAAAUUCAGAUUGAAAAUGAGGAAUAGCCAUUGGCAGAUCUAGAUAUUUAUAACCAUAGUGAAAUGCAUAUCUUGGCAGGGUACAGAGGUGACCACUGCUAUUUGAUCAAUUUUAAAACUAGAUCUGUGAAUCAGUUCUAGCAUUAUCUUCCACAGCCAUUAUCCCUUCUUUAGUACCUUCAACACUUCCCAGGUCACAAUUUUGUGACUGUAUCCAAAGGUGGAGUUUACAGAAUAUGGGAUUCAGGUCUUGUUCCAAGAGAAAUUGCUAAAUUUCAUCCACUCUAAUAUAUCACAGAAAUACACAGACCUUUUUAAAUAUUCGUGGAACUGGAGAAUAAUCAGCAGAACAGUCUAGGCUAUGAGGGUAAUGGCGUGCCUCAAACAAUGAUGGCUUUUGUGUUGCAAGGCAAGAAUAUGUAGCAUAGGGUAUGUCUGUACAAUUAUUUCGGGUUAAACAGUGAGAAAAAUUCUUAUCAAGCCAUUUCAAUUGAAGGCUAACUAAUUCACUGCUUGAAGUAAAUGCAGACAUCAUACUUGGCAGUAUCAACAGACAAAGAACUGAGAAUAUAUGAUAUUUUGAAUCAAAAUUUAAUAAGAUCAAUCAAUACCAACUAGCCAAUGUAAUUCUUGAUUAGAGUAAACCCAAAAGAAUUCAAUUUCGAACUUGGAAUGAUAGGUGAAGCUUGUAUUGGCUAUUCAUAUAAGACAUUUUAUGAGUGUGGAGUAUCUAUUGGGCCUGGUCCUCACAUGCAAGAGUUUCAAUUCCAGGUACUCAGAGAGUUAGAAGAACAGAGAAAAAGAAAAAUCUUUGAACUUAAGGAAAAGCCAAAUGCCAUCAUCUCGUACUGCUAAGUAGAAAGAGGCAAUCAGAAUUAUUUGAUUGUUAGUCCGAGAGAAGAGCAAGACACGAUAAUUAUCUUUAAAGUUAGCCUCCAAUGA